AUGGUGCACCUUUAUCAGACGGCCGGUACGGAACGGUCCCCGAAGGAGAAGACAGGCAACUUCAUGUCGAACUUUAAGGGACUAUUUUUCCGCACCAGUCAGUCGAAGCUCGGCAGCAACAUGGGCACUUUCGGUAAAACCACCGGCGGGACCUCAUCAGCAAAGGCACCGAUUGCUUCACCGGAGUCGGGAAGUGAACCGUCGUCGUUAGUGUUGCCACGCUCACCAGAACCGACCACCCGUCCAUUGACGGUACAGCGCACGGUAACGUUACAGCUGCCCCAUCACGGUGACAAUCGGUACGACAUCAGGGCGACGGCGGUUCCACCCAAAGACGGCCGUAAGGAUCGAAGGCGCGCCAAAUCAGCGAUCAAAUCCGUCAAGCGGCGCUCCUUCGGCAAACGCAUCAACAACCUGUGGAGCAACUUUGGAUUGCUGCGUAGCUCGGAGCGUAUCGUGGAGUUUGCCAACGGUCACGCUGCAUUUCAACACGUGCGUGAAAAUUUGACCGAUCUCAAUGGGCGGCCGGAAGCGAACGAUACGGACCUUGUGUUUCUGCAAGGAAUACUGGCCAAUCCGGCCGUUACGCAGUUGAUUAAGAUCCAAGACAAGCUCGAGGAAGUGCCAGCGCCACUGCGUCCAGUGCGAGUGGACAACGCGCCCCUGCUGAAGGAGGUGAUCGAUCGCUGUAGCCUGUCGCGGAAUCCGCACGCCCGUGAGCUCGCCCGCAUCUUCCGCUAUCCACACUUUCGCGCCCUACUCGAAGCACACGACGAGAUCGGUGAAACGCAGCUCGAGAAGCUUAAACAUCCGCCAGCAGUAGCAGCUCCCUCAUCAACAUCACCGACGGGUUCCAGUCCGGGGAGUAACGGGCACGGUCCGCACAGUCCUUCCAGUGCCAGCGAGAUCGACGGUUCCGGUGUAGAGCUGUUCACGAUCAACGACAUGCCCGGGGAAACGAUCAAGAUGGUGGGCAUCCGGAGAAAUCCGGACGAACCGCUCGGGCUGACGGUGGAGGUGGAUGAGCACAAUCAGCUGGUGGUGGCACGGAUCAUCGCCGGGGGUAUGAUCGAUCGCCAGGGGUUGCUACAUCCGGGCGACGUCAUACUGGAGGUGAACGGUGUACCCGUGACCACGCCCGAGGAGUUGCAGGGUGAGAUAUCGGUUGCGAAGGAAUCGGUCACGUUGAAGAUUGGGCCGAGCAUCGAGGAGGAGAUGAAAUCCGCCCGCAUCACCAUGGCCGGUGGACAGGUAAAGAAUGGACGAAAUUUAGACUCGGGCAAGAAGCUAACGUGUUAUAUGCGUGCGUUGUUCGACUAUGACCCCAACGAGGACAAUCUGCUGCCAUGCAAGGAGAUCGGGCUCUCGUUCAUGCGCGGUGACAUUCUGCAAAUUAUCAACGUGAAGGAUCCGAACUGGUGGCAAGCGAAGCACGCCGGAGAGGAAGGCCCGACGGGAUUGAUACCGUCCCAGGAGCUAGAGGAACGUCGUCAGGCGUACGUACCUCCGGAGGCAGAUUUCGUGCACAAGAUAGGCAUCUGCGGCACAAGGAUUUCAAAAAAGAAGCGAAAGAUACUGUACAAAACAAAGCAGAAUGGAGAAUUCGACAAGGCGGAUCUGAUGCUGUACGAAGAAGUUACCAAAAUGCCUCCCUUCAAGCGAAAGACACUGGUGUUGGUCGGGGUGGCGGGUGUCGGUAGACGAACGCUUAAAAACCGACUGAUCAACAGCGAUCCGGACAAGUUUGGAUCUGUACUGCCACACACUUCUCGUCAACCGCGACCUCUGGAAGAAUCGGGCAAAGCUUACUGGUUUAGUGAUCGCGAAGAUAUGGAGGAAGAAAUAAGGGAGAACCAUUUCUUGGAGUUUGGUGAGCACAAUGGAAACUUGUACGGUACUCAUCUGGACUCGAUUCGUGAUGUUAUUCGGCAAGGCAAAAUGUGUGUUCUCGAUUGUUCACCGGCGGCGUUGAAGACGCUACACAACAGUCCAGAGUUUAUGCCAUUUGUGGUGUUUGUAGCCGCACCGGGAAUGGAACAGCUGAAGUUGCUGUACUCUGAGCGCAGAUCGGCUAGCGGUUCCACGAGGAAUUUACACUUUGAUCGUCAAAGCUCUAUACGCUACAGUUCGCGCCGUGCAAAGACCCUGGAAUCGUUGGCAUCACUGUACGAGGACGAUGAUCUUAUAUCGGCUGUCGAGGAGAGUGCACUGCUCCAGCGAAAGUACGACAAAUACUUGGACAUGGUGGUGGUGAACGAAGACUUCGAUGACACAUUCCGACAGGUGACGGAAGCACUGGAGCAGCUGUCACACGAGCAUCAGUGGGUGCCGGUGAACUGGAUCUACUAGAACCGUGUGUGAGCGUGCGCGUCUCCAACCACGAUCGCGAAAUAUGUGUUCAAAUCAUUCGACAUGCGUUAGUGAAACCUCGAUCGAUACAAGUAAUAGUUCAAAUAGCCAUAUAGCAACGCAUUCAUUCUGCUUCGUUCGCUCCGUGAAAGCAGCACGGCAAUAGAAUCGGUAUCAUCGGUGCAUCGAACAUUGCCUUCAAAGACUCUUUACACUCCAGAUGCCUUAACAAUACACAAUAUCGUUGACACGCGAAUCACAAACUUACUUACCGCUUUACAUGUGGAAAUCUUCGUACCGUUCCAUGCACGGGAUCGAGACGUUUAUCAUGCAAUCAUCAGGAUCUGAUAACGCGCGAGUACUAUCAGUCGACACGUAUCUGCACGUCCUCUUUAUCAUCCUCCUUAGCUCGUUAGCGUAACGCCUUUGAUGUUAGUAUUUUACCCUAGCGUUUAAGAUCAGAGUCGACUUCGUCCACAUUUUAUUUCGUCCUGUUACUUUUGCUUUUUAUCGACCCCGAAGGGUGCGUUAUUGGGCAUGGUUUAGCGCGAGUGCGAUAGCUGCAUGUCGUGGUUUUAGACAAUGGUAUUUCUAACGUGUAAGAUGAGUUUUAUUCUGUUUACCUUACAUUUGUAGUUUCCUCUUCCGGUACCGUCCUUUGAGUUGUGACAAAAAGUUAUAAUGGGUAGAGUGGUAGGAAGCAAACAAUAUUAAGUUACGACGAAAACAAAUUAAACACUUUUGCUUUGCUAGCUGUAAGCUGAUAUGUAUGAAUGGUUCAAACUGUUUGUUUAUGAAAUCUGUUGUAGCAUUUCAUCGAAUUUUAUAUGUUAUGCGAAAUAAA